AGAAGAAGAAGAAGAACAUCACCAUUGUUCUUUCUUCUUUCUCUCUUUCCAUCAAAUUCAAUAAUUUGGUGAAUGGGAACGUUCCACACCUUAAGGAAGGCUUACGGUGCUCUCAAAGACUCCACCACGGUUGGCCUAGCCAAGGUCAAUAGCGAAUACAAGGAUUUGGAUAUUGCAAUUGUCAAGGCUACCAGUCACGUAGAGUAUCCUCCUAAGGAACGUCAUGUUCGAAAAAUAUUCUAUGCAACUUCAGUACACCAACCAAGGGCAGAUGUGGCUUACUGCAUACAUACACUUGCCAAGAGGCUUUUAAAGACUCGGAAUUGGAUAGUUGCUAUAAAGACAUUAAUUGUCAUUCAUAGGAUAUUGAGAGAAGGUGAUCCUACUUUCAAAGAAGACCUUAUAAACUAUGCGCGCAAGGGACGUUUUCUUCAAAUAUCCAAUUUCAAAGAUAACUCAAGCCCUUUAGCAUGGGAUUGUUCUGCAUGGGUUCGAACUUAUGCAUUAUUUUUAGAAGAAAGGCUUGAAUGUUACAGAGUCCUUAAAUAUGAUAUUGAGGGUGAACGUUUAAUAAAAUUGGGAUCGGCCAAGGCUUUAUCUCAGUUACAUAGCAAAACACGAACUUUGACAAGUGAAGAGCUUUUAGAGCAGUUGCCUACACUUCAACAACUUCUAUACCGCCUUGUUGGUUGUCAGCCUGAUGGAUUGGCUUUCAACAAUUAUCUAAUACAGUAUGCACUGGCCUUGGUAUUGAAAGAGAGCUUCAAAAUAUAUUGUGCCUUGAAUGACGGAAUCAUAAAUCUUGUGGAUGGGUUCUUUGAUAUGACAAAAUAUGAUGCAAUGAAGGCGUUACAGAUCUAUAAAAGAGCUGGCCAACAGGCCGAAUAUCUUGCUGACUUCUAUGAAUACUGCAAGCGAUUGGACCUUGCUAGGAAUUUUCAAUUUCCUACCUUGAAACAUCCACCUGCUUCUUUUCUUGCCACAAUGAAAGAAUACAUUAAAGAAGCACCCCUUACUGCUACUAAGAGAUUGGAGUAUCACAAAGAUGACCAAUCAGCUCAAAAAGAAGAAACGAAACCCAAAGAAUCUGAAGAGAAGGCAGAAGCCGAAGCAAAUAACAAACUAGAUGAAGAAGUCAAUGAGGAAGAACGUGAAGAUAAAGAAGAAACACAACCUAAGGAAGAGGAAGCUGAACUUCCUCCUCUUAUAUCAACUGAUACUAUUGAUGAUUUGUUGGGUCUACAUGAAAUAAAUCCAAAAGCUCUGGAACUAGAAGAAAACAAUGCUUUGGCUCUUGCAAUUGUACCAGCCAGCGGAAAUAACUCGAGCAAUAUUGCUUUGGCUGACAUGAGCGGAACUUCUGGUUGGGAACUAGCACUGGUUACAACACCAAGUAACCAUACAAGCCAAGCGAUAGAUCGCAAAAUGGCCGGUGGAUUUGACAAGUUAUUACUAGACAGUUUGUACGAAGAUGAAAAUGCGAGGAGACAACUCCAACUCCGAAAUGCAGGCUAUGGAUAUGGGAAAAUGGAUACACAUAAUCCAUUCGAACAUCAUAAUCAGCAUGAUCCAUUUGCAAUGUCCAACAACAUAGCACCUCCACCCAAUGUGCAAAUGACAUUCAUGACUCAGCAGCAACAACAACAACAACAAAUGAUGUUCCAACAACAACAAUAUAACAUGAUGGUCCCUUACCAGUAUCCACAGAAUCAAUACCCUCAACAAAUGCCAAUGAUGGGUUCUUCUAAUCCAUUCAGUGAUCCGUUACCCAUGCCUAGCUAUCCUUAUAGUUCCAUGCACCAUCAAGGAAACUACCAUUUAAUGUAGAGUUCAUCUUCUUUCUAUCUUAAUCUUCGCCUCUCCCCCA